GAUGGCCAUUGAAUGUUGAUAUGGUAGCGGUGGUAUCGACGCCUCCAAUCUUAGGCACUACCUGGUUUGGUUAUUCGCAUUGUCCUGCUCUUCUUGUAAUCUCGAGGAUCCCAUAACAGCGCCUUGUAGUGACAGCCAUGGCCGGGGCACAACGCAUUGUCAAUUCGUAUUCACCCUUUUACAGCCCUUGUACCCCUAAACCGGUCCUCGUAGAUCAGAACCACGAUGGUCGUCUCCUAUUGUCGCGGCCUCUGCUAGGUCCACUUUUGUUUGAGAAUCAAAAUUCGGAUGCAAGGGACCACUGUGCUAACGAGCGAACCUUCCUUUCAUGGCUGCGUCUCUCAAUAUACAUGGCUAUUGUGUCAGUCGCUAUCGUCAUUUCGUUUCACUUAAAACAACAGCCAACCGCCCUGGAGAAACGAUUCGCAUUACCGCUUGGUAUCAUCUUUUGGUUUCUCGCCUUGGCUUGUCUGGGCUCUGGAUUUGCAAACUAUAUCAAGACCGUCACACGAUACAGCAGACGGCGUGCCCUUGUUCAGUCUGGUUGGAAAACACAAGCGAUAUUCACGGUCGUCGCAACCGCCAUCGUUGCUACUUGCGUUUUAUUUUUGUCUACAAAUACUCGGCAAAGCCGCUGAGAGUGAUGCCCUUGAGUUGGAUUUGAUUGAUUACUUUAUUUGUAGAUACCCGGUAAUUGCGAUCAAUAAAUGAAUAAAACAAGAGCCAAGUGAUUUCUCUG